CUGUGAUCAAAAGGAUGAAGCUUAGUCCUGAGAACCUUUCUUCGAUCAAGAUGGAUCGACAGAGAGUUUGAGAAGAUGUUUCCAAACAAGACGGACAUCUAUCUACGCAACCAUGGUCCCAAAACUGUUGAAGCUGGCUGCCCUUGAAGGAAAAGAUGAACCACCAGAAGUUGAGAGUGCUGAAUCAAAGUGCUAUAGAGCACUGAAGAUGCUCACACAUUAUCUGCCCCUACUGUGUCAGAUCUAAGGAAUGGACAAAAUGCAACAUCGAAUCAGCUCUGUCCUACAUGUUGGACAUUAAACAACCAGGAACAAGUUUCCAUGACCUCCUACAAACCACUGACCCUGCUCCAGUGAUGGAACUUCGUCUGACAGACAUCAUUAUGGCAUCAGGACUCUCUCCAACCGAAGCCAACGGGGUUUUCUCUUUGGCUUUGUUUCAAAAGCUGAGUGAGGAGGGCAAGUCUGCAAAUGUCUUCUUCUCGCCAUUUAGCAUCUCUUCAGCGUUAGCCAUGGCUAUGUUGGGUGCCAGAGCUAACACAUCCGCCCAAAUGUUGCAGGUCCUGUGCUUCACGAAGCCAAAGGAAGCGAUAAUGCAAGACCCAGAGAAAGAAGAAGAACAAGAUCCGCAAAAAAAGAUGCAGAACCCGAUGCAAAUGCAGAUAAAGACGCGUCAACAGAUGCGGAUGCAGAUCCAGCAAUGCAGCAGACUGCCACAAUAUCUGAAAAAGGUUCUGAAAGGCGACAGGCCGAGUCAUGAAGAGGUGCACACCCACUUCAAACAACUUUUGAUCGAGUUCAACAAGACUAACGCUGAAUACGCCCUGAGUCUUGCCAACAGGCUUUAUGGGGAGCAAACGUACACGUUUGUUGAGGAAUUCCUUGAGGAAACCAAGAAUUUCUACUUUGCGGAAGUGGAGUCUGUGGAUUUCAAGAAAAAUGCAGAGGCGGCAAGGCUGACAAUAAAUAGUUGGGUGGAUGAGAAAACUCAAGGUAAAAUCAAGGACAUACUGCCGAAGGACAAGGUGUCUGACACAACCAGGCUGGUGCUGAUCAACGCCAUCUAUUUCAAAGGCAACUGGAACCAAAAGUUCAAUGAAGAGUUGACUGUUGAUGCUCCAUUUAAAAUCAACAAGAAUGACACCAAACCAGUGAAGAUGAUGACUCAGAAAAGUAAAUUCCCUAUCGUUUUCAUCCCAGAGAUCAACUGCCAGAUCCUAGAGCUGCCUUACAAAGGAAAGGAUCUAAGUAUGCUUGUCUUCCUGCCCAAUGAAAUUGAGGACGACAUGACAGGAUUGGAGAAAUUGAAGACAGCCCUGACAUAUUCCAAAUUAAUGGAGUGGACUUCUUCGCACAUGAUGAUUGUAGAAGAGGUCGAGGUGGGCCUGCCAAGAUUCAAGAUGGAGGUGACCUACGACUUAGAGAGCAUUCUGGGCAGCAUGGGCAUGGUGGAUGCGUUUGACAGCAGCAGGAGCGACUUCUCUGGCAUGUCUGCUGCCAACGACCUGGUCUUGUCCAAAGUCAUCCAUAAGUCAUUUGUGGAGGUCAACGAGGAAGGAAGCGAGGCUGCUGCAGCAACAGCCCUUGUUUUUGUGGAGCGCGCAUCAGCUAUCUCACACACCUUCAUCGCUGACCACCCCUUCUUGUUCUUCAUACGAUACAACCCCACCAACACAAUCCUGUUUGCUGGCCAGUACUCCUCCCCUGAAUGAGACAGUAUUGUAUGUAGUUCUAUUGUUGUAGUGAUCGCUCUUUUUAGUACUGCUAUUCUGUUCUCUCCUGCAAAUUGUAACCGUGUUCAAAUCAUUACGUGGAUAAAGUGCCGUUUUUGCUGUCAUUGUUCUCUUCAUCACAAUGUCUUCUUGUAACUUCAAUUUCAUGCCUGUGGAUUAAAAAUACCGUAUUUUUCGGAGUAUAAGUCGCACCGGAGUAUAAGUCGCACCUGCCGAAAAUGCAUAAUAAAGAAGGAAAAAAAACAUAUACAAGUCGCACUGGAAACUAUGAAAAAAACUGCGACUUAUAGUCCGAAAAAUACGGUAAUUAAAAAGAAAAUGCAUGCCAUUUUUUGUUAAUCUUCUAAGACAAGCAUGUCAAACUUGUUUCCAUUGAAGGCCACAGAAUUUUACUAUAACA